GACCUUCAUUGACCUUUUAAAAUCCAACAUGGCGGACAAUAACACGCGGAUGGACUCGUCAGACGAAAAAUCGGUCUCAAAAGAGGCAGAUUUUCAGCCAGCCAAUACCAAAUCUCGAAAAAGAAAGAUGCAAAUCGAUACAGCUGAUGAUGGCGAUGUCCAGACAGCUGACAUCCCGAUGAAAAGACCGUCUUUACCGCCGAUAAGUGGCGAUAAACUCGUGAGUGGAAAAUCAGAUUUUAGACGCGUCCCUGUGCCAGCGAAUAGAUAUACUCCAUUAAAAGAGAAUUGGAUGAAGAUCUUUACUCCUGUAGUUGAGCAUCUACACUUGCAGAUUAGAUUCAACUUAAAAACAAGAAAUGUUGAAUUAAAGACUUGUAAAGAGACAACUGAUAUUGCUGCAUUACAGAAAGGUGCUGAUUUUGUCAAGGCAUUCACAUUAGGAUUUGAAGUUGAGGAUGCAUUGGCACUUGUAAGGCUUGAUGAUCUAUAUUUAGAAUCAUUUGACGUGACAGAUGUGAAACCUCUAAAAGGUGACCAUCUCUCCAGAGCAAUUGGUCGCGUGGCUGGAAAGAAUGGAAAAACAAAGUUCACUAUCGAAAACGUUAGCAAGACAAGAAUUAUUUUAGCCGACACAAAAAUCCACCUCUUAGGAUCAUACCAAAACAUCAGGAUAGCGAGGACAGCAAUUUGUAACUUAAUUCUUGGGAGUCCGCCAUCCAAAGUCUAUGGUAAUCUUCGGACUGUUGCCUCAAGAGCAUCGGAACGCUUUUGAUAACCCUAUUCUUGGUAUUUAUAACUGUAUAAUAAAAAUCUAAACUGUGAUAGAAAAUAA